AUGUUUUAUUCUCAGUUUGCCUGUCGAACCGAACGGACGUGAGCCUCAAUAAGAAAUGGCUAGAACCGGAAUUCAGCUGCUGCUACUUGUUGCGCUGACGGCGGCGAUAAGUGGAGCAAGUGCCUCCAGCAUCCCGGAAGAGGUGCCCUACAAUCCGCUGGAGCACGACUCCCUGCACGCCAAGCACUUCGAUGGAGGCGAGCACAAUGCCCAGUUUGACCACGAAGCCUUCUUGGGCCCGGACGAGUCCAAGAAGUUCGACGGCCUAACGCCCGAGGAGAGCAGGCGGCGAUUGGGCGUCAUUGUGGACCGAAUUGACGAGGACAAGGACGGCUUUGUCACUUUGGCGGAGCUGAAGAACUGGAUCGCCUACACCCAGAAGCGCUACAUCGAUGAGGACGUGGGUCGUCUGUGGAAGCAGCACAACCCGGAUAACAAUGAGACCAUCAGCUGGGAUACCUAUAUGCUUACCGUAUACGGCUUCAUGGAUGAUCUGACCCAGGACGAGAAGGAACAGGAGGAAAACGGAGUCAGCUACAAGAGCCUGCUGAAACGCGAUCGGUACCGCUGGUCGGUGGCCGACCAGGAUUUGGAUGACAAGCUCACCAAGGAGGAGUUCACCGCCUUCCUGCACCCCGAGGACCAUCCCACCAUGAAGGGUGUGGUGCUGCUCGAGACCAUUACCGAUCUGGACAAGGACCACGAUGGCAAGAUCUCGGUGGAUGAGUACAUCGGCGACAUGUACCGAUCGACGGAAGAGGAUGACGAGGAGCCCGAGUGGGUGGCCAACGAAAGGGAGGCGUUCUCCGUGCAUCGCGACCUGGACAAAGAUGGCUAUUUGAACGAGGAGGAGGUGAAGCAGUGGAUUGCGCCCCACGACUUCGAUCAUUCGGAGGCCGAGGCCAAGCACCUGCUGUUCGAGGCCGAUUCGGACCACGAUGAUAAGUUAACGAAGGAGGAAAUACUGGACAAGUACGACGUUUUCGUGGGCUCCCAGGCCACUGAUUUCGGAGAGGCCUUGGCCCGUCACGAUGAGUUCUAGAAAGCCUAGAUCGAAGUGACAGAUACCCAGCAUCCCUGAGAUUAAGAUUGAUCCUAUGAAUCUCCCAUUUCGCAUGCCAAAUAACUUGUAAACCUUGUCUAGACCUUAAGAGCAUUGAAAGUGCAUUAUAAACCGACUUGAAUGAAGGGGCUCCCAAUUGUA